CACCAACCCCAACACCUCGCACUGCACCUCGUCCACGCACAUGCCAUGACGCGCCUCAAGAAGUCGCUCAAGCGCACCGGCACCAGCGAGCGCGCCGAAAGUGCCGCGCUGCCGCCGCCCUUCCCUACGCCCUCUGCCGCACCAGCCGCACAGCCGCUGGCGCCGCGCAGUGCGGAGACGCUGACGCUCGACGACGAGGAGCUGCACCGCCUCGGCACGCUCACCUCCUUCGACAGCUGGCUCGGCAGAGUGGCGAGCGGACACGACGUGGGCGUCUGCAUCCUCAUGCGCUCCGUCGAGCAGCUCAAGGAGGCUUUCAAUGAGAAGUACGAGGCGCUGUGCCUGGUCGACGCCACGGCCGCCCGCGGCCAGCGCAUCCACUUCGCCUUCCACGGCGGCCUCUGCGCCUCCGUCUCGGCUCUCCUGCGCCAACGCGCCGCCAGCGGCCGCAACGCCCCGCUCUUGCUCUCGGCAUACGGCGCACAACUCGCUCCGCACGUCUUUCCCGGGACGAACGAGCCGGUCGUUGAGUGGCGAGAGGGGCGCGUCGCGAUGCGUGCGCUGUGGGAUGCGGGAGAGUGGUGCGAUGUCGACGAGAAGGCUCGCGCGGCACCCGGCGCUGCUGCUCCCGCAAAGCGCCCGCGCACAAGCACGAGUGGGAAGGGCAAGGAACGAGCGCAUGAUGAUGCAGCUGGCAGCUCGGCGGGCUCGGCGCGCAGUAGCGGGAGCGGCAGUGCGAGCAAGAAGGCGAAAGCGACACCAGCGGCGGCGCAGGGCACGCCGACGUACAUCGUGCCACGCACAGGCAAGGGCAAGGCAGCGGCGAUUGCGGCAGCUGCGGUGCCUGCGGUGCCCACGACGCGCACUCUCGGUGGACUGCAGUAUCCGCCGCUGUCGAUGUGUGUGCGCAAUGGCCAGAUCGCCAAUGUCAUCGCGGUCGUGGCAUGGAAGCGCGAGGCACGCUUCAGCGCCGGCGGCACCGGAGAUCCGAUGCUCAGUCUCGGCCUCUGCGACCCCUCAACGCCAGGAAAGCACUUCAGCGUCAACAUCUUCUCGCCCAGCAUGCUCGAGCUUCCGACGCCCGUGGCGGGCAACGUGCUGCUGCUGCGCAAGGUGUACAUCCAGCGUCUUGCCGGCGUGCAGUACAAGGACCGGCCCGACUGGGCGCUGCUGACGGCGCGCAACGAUGCGCUGCAGCGCUCGCCGCGCCUGAUGCAUCCCAUCAGCGGCGCCGAGGAGGACGCCAUGCGCGAGAUGGCCGCGUGGGGCGCGGCGCACUUCAACGUCCUCACCUCCAAUCGCAGUCGGCCGCAGGUGACGCUCGACCAGCUGCAGGGCAGUGUCUUCUGCGACAUCACCGCCGAGGUAGUCAAGACGUUCACGCGCAACAAGGGCGACAACAUGCCGCCGGAGCUCUACAUCACAGACUACACCUUCCACGCUGCGUUCGCCCGUGCCAACGACUUCAAGCUUGGCGACAUCUCGCAGGACGAGCUGGAUGAGCAGCGACGCCAGCACGGCGAGUUCGGAGGCUUCGUCUGCGGAACGUCGCUGUGGGAUCAGCAGGUCGAGGCGCUCGACUUUCUCUCGACGGGCGACAUCGUCACCAUUUCGAACUUCCAGCCGCGCGUGCAGCCCAACAACAUCCUGCAGGGCCGGCUCGGUGGGCGUCUCACUAUCUCGUUAAUCCGCCAAGAUCAGCACAAGGACAUCAAGGAGGUGCAGAACCUGCUUCGGAGCAAGGAAGCUCGGCGGCUGGCACGCGCGGCGCAGGAGACGGCACGCAUGGAGGCCAUGCUGGGCGAGCACGACGAGGAGGCCGAGGCGGCAGCGCGCGAGCUAGAAGAAGCGCAUGCACAGCGGCUGGCGGGAGCACAGGGAGCUUCCGAGAGUGCUCCGCCCAUUCCGUCGGCUGAGUCGCCAGAGCCAAGCGCGCCGGAGCCAAGCCCGCCACAGCCGAGCCCGCCCGAGGUCAAGCCUGUCAUCCGCAAGCCAUCGCCGUCGCGGAGCGCCAGCCCUCCAAGUCCCAGCCCAGAGCGCGAGGUGCCUCGUCCCCGCGCUGCUGGGUCUGUGGUCCGAGCUGCGCCAGUGGCCCCAGCUGCGCCGGUCGCUCGAGCUGCGCCACGACAGGUAGCCCAAGCUGUGCCACGGCCGGCGAGCGACGAAGAAGUCGCAGUCGAGGCGCCGUGUGCCUCGCGUGACGCACGCACCAAGUGCGAGGUGCCCGAGAGCUGCUCCUUGACGCUGGCUGCGCUGGCGGCCCGCACCGUGCAGGAAGACACGACGUGGCGUGUGCGCGUGCGCGUCGUCGAUUGUCUGCCUCGAGACAUUGACGAGUGGGCGUGCGCCGUUUGUGCACAGUGCGAUGCGACACUGCCGCGCGAGCACAACUUUUGCGUGCGGUGCGGCGACGACGAUGGCCAGUCGGUGCGCUUUACGUUCAACUUUGGCCUGCUGGUCGAGGAGGCAUCGGGUGCGCCGGGCGUCAAGCGUGCGCGUGUUCCCAUCGUCGUCUCUGGCGAGCAGGCGGCCAAGUUUCUCUGCGGCAUGGAUCCUCAACAAGUGCGCGAGCGGCCGGACAAGCUGCAUCGUCUGCGUCGCCGUCUGCUGCCCAUCCUCGGCUCGACGCUGGCCGAGGCAGCAUCCGCGGCGAGCGUCAAGCGCGAGCCUGGCGCCGAGACGCAGACGACGCCGGCGCGGCCCAUGACGAUUGGCGUGCGCGUCAGCCGCAGCGGGGCGCGCGUCAAGUAUCGUCUUGUGGGCACGGCGCUGGAGAAGGAGUAGCAGCCUUCUUCCAAGAGGUGCUGCCGCUCUGCUAGCCCUUGCCUGUCACAUACCCCGCAUCGGUCACCUUGUCGUACCGGCCGCUUCUCAAACGGCGGCGGCUGUAAUGUGCAAUGAG